AUGUCCACUGGCUGGAACGUAUUCACUUAUCUCUUUCUUGCAUUCUUUAUCCUAGUCGGGCUGUUUGCAACAGUUCUCUGCAUCCUAAUCGUUCGACACAAAGUGAUGCGCUCGAAGGUCGGUAACCAAGGGAAGGACGAAGAGGUUCCAAAGUACGACGACCUUAAACCAAUCCACAUCCCAGAGCCUAUGGCAGCAUACUUCCCUCGCGCGUACCGACACCAGAUGGACAUGGAAAUCUGGAGCGGGACGGCUGCCGUGCCACCACCAAUGCCACGUCCAGCGGAAAAAGUACCAGUGCGGGAGCAUAGGAAGCAUAACCACUUGAGGUCGCAUCGACAAAGUAGGCGAUUGAUGUAG